CAAUUAUUAUGACCAGUUUCACUUUUUAUCUCGAGUACACAGUGCUUAUGAAAAAGAGUGGUUUAUAACUUUAUGUAAUUUGCACGAUAACAAAUUUUUGAAUUUAUUUAUCUUGUGGUUAAAAUUUUAUACUAAAUUUUUUACCAAAUUGUGAGGAAGAAAUAAAGAUAAGGUUUCAAUCAAAGAAAAUUACGAAGAAAAUUUAGAGGAUUUUUGUAACGUAGCGAAUUCUGUUACAAAACCCUUUACAUAUUUUGCUACAAAUUUGUAAUUUCUAAUAAUUUUUCUGUGUUAUAAAUAUGCACAAAUUCGUGUGAAAUUCAUCCCGACGUUAAAAUUUUAGUGUGAUUUAAUGUGAUUCGUGUUGUUAAAAAAUAAUUCAAAAUGGUUCCAAAACUGGGGGUAAAAACGAAGCUAAACUCUGUCCGAUACGUUUACUCCCUCGUGUUGAGCUCCCUCCUUUCGAGUGCGUCUUUAGAGGGACGCUUAGAAGAUGUUGACCCCAUCGCGCUGACCUCGCAGGGCCAACUCCUCGGAAAGUUUGGAGAUUCGAGAAAUUCCAGAGAUUUCAUUAUGUUUCUUGGAAUCCCGUAUGCCAAAGUGCCACAGACGUUUCAUCCCGCAGUGGCGCCCGAACGUUGGGAUGAGCUUCGGAAUGCGACGGAAUUUGGCGAAAUUUGCAUGCAAUUUGACCGCAUGGCUGGGAAAGUGAUUGGAUCGGAGGAUUGUCUAUAUCUCAACAUCUAUCGCCCAGCAGACAUGUCUGAAGUACUUCCGGUCCUUGUGUACAUUCACGGCGGGGCGUUCGCCUUCUCUUCUGGGAACGAUUACGGGCCGAAAUACUUCAUGGACCAGAACGUCAUCCUCGUCACGUUCAACUAUCGUCUGGGCGCCCUUGGUUUUCUGAACGUGGGUGAUGACGCGUACCCGGGCAACUUGGGGAUGAAGGACCAGGUCAUGGCGCUUAGAUGGAUUCGCGACAACAUCUACGCAUUUGGCGGAGACCCAAACAGGGUCACGAUUUUUGGCGAUAGUUCGGGAUCAGCUUCCGUGUCAUAUCACAUCUUAAGUCCGAUGAGUAGAGGACUAUUUUCUGGUGCGAUUUCUAUGUCGGGCAACGCCCUUUGUCCAUGGGCGAAUGUUCCAAACCCUAAAAUUGUUUCGAAACGGUUAGCCAGCAGUGUGGGCUGCCCGACCAAAAAACCCAAAUAUUUGGUCGCCUGCCUCAUGAAUAAGGAGGCCAAAGAGAUCGUUGAGGCACAACAAGAACUGGCCGGCUGGGACGACGAUCCAAUCGUGCCAUUCGCACCGUCAGUGGAAGAAUAUGGGAUCGCGAGCAAUGAAGUUUUUCUGCCCGCGUCACCAGAGGUCAUGUUUGCGACAGGGAACUUUAAUAAGGUGCCAUGGAUAACGGGGGUUAAUUCGAUGGAAGGAGCGACGCUAUAUUCUGCGAUAAUCCUUAAUAGUACCGAACUAACUGCCGAAUUUAACCGUAACUGGCACAAGAUGGCGCCCUUUGCGCUCGGAUACCGCGAGUAUCAACCCACUAACUCUCCCGCUUCUGCCUCCGCGGCAAUUCGUGCCUACUACUUUGGCGACCAAUCCAUAUCUCCCGCCACGCGGGACAAUCUCACGAAUAUGUUCUCCGACAGAAACUUUUUCCACUGUACGCGCCUCGCAUCCCUCGCGGUAGCCAAACACGCGCCCGUCUAUCUCUACUAUUGGACGCAGGAGGGACCUAAGAGUUGGCUGGAUGUUUUCAAAAUUCCGAAGGAAUUGGGCUACAAAGGCGUCGUUCACUCGGACGAGUUACAAUUCCUCUUCGAUAUGGAAACCUUUCCCGAAAUCAAAAACGGCACUGAUCUCGCCAGAUUUUCGACACGGGUCGUUUCACUCUGGACAGCGUUUGCGAGAACGGGCCAACCCUACAAGAUUUGGGGUGAAGAUGUCGUUGAGUGGAAUCCUGUCCAAAUGAGUGAAAUGUCCGGUCUCAGUCCAGUCAAAUAUUUCCAGAUUGAAGAAAAUGCAAAAAUCAUUAUGGAACCUUUCACCGAAAGGCUCGACUUUUGGGAGGGUCUCGCCCUCAAUUACACCAAUAUUCACAUCAGCCCUCAAAACCCUUAGCCAAACUCUGGGAACGUUACCGUAUUGGCAUAAUUUUUUUCAUAAAUUUUAUUUUUGCAGAAAUUAAUGUUACUGUUCGGUGAAAAAAUUGCCAAGGAUGGUAAACAUUUGAUCAUAAUUUUGUUACCAACUUAUUUUCGGUAUUGGCCACAUUUCGAUCUUAAAAGUCUCAUUUAGAAAAAUCAAGCAAGUCUACUAUAAACUAACGUUUUAAACUUUUUGAACAUUUGCUUAAUUUAGGAUAGCUCUUAAUUGUUCCUCUAAAAUUAUGUACAGAUUGUUGCAGAGUUAUUUACUUGUUAUGUCUAUUUUGGGUCGUGGCACAUAGUCAUCGGUAAUAUUUAUUUUUUUACUGGAAUACUUAGCUUAAUGACAUGUAGAAAUAAUGAAAUAAAAACCCUGGAUUACAAAUCUAAACGUCA